UGCUGUAUUUGCGUAUCAAGUUUAUGUGGUUGGUUGGUGUUACUCUUUUAGCGUCUAGUCAAAUAAUCAAAGGAGCAGAUGACCGUGCUAUGUACGAAUGUAUAAUGUUUCAAAUCUGCGAAUGCGGUCAUAUUGAUUACUACAUAGAUUGCUUCGAUAAAGCUCCAGAAAUGUUGCGAAAUCGUACGGCAUCUGCUCUCCAUGGCUGUAACUUUGGAUUUCUUGAACAAUACGACCCACCAACAAUAGAAAACACUUCUUGUGGUCUUGACAGGGAUACAUUCUAUCCAUGUUUUAGUGAAGCUUACAACUCCAUGAAAAACUACGAACGGGAGACAUCUCGUGAUAUAACAAGAGCAGGUGAAAAAUAUGAAAUUGAAGACGGAAAGCGAUGUUUAACGUCUUAUCUUGCACGAUGUCUGGAUGAGACCAAUGAAUGCUUCUGAUGCAAUCUCGUUGCAAACGAAAAAUCAAACAAAUUAAGAGAUCCAGCUAAUAGUGUACUGUACAAUUAUUUCAUCAAUUGUAAACUGAAAUAUUAAAG